AACAGUUUCUUCACUUCCAACCACAGCUUCUUUGUGCAUCUUAGGUCCGAGACCUCACGUUCUUUUCAACACCACAUUCAUUCAUCACACUCGUUCACGAAAGCUAGUCUUCCGUCAAUCUCUACAGCAACUCUCGCUCUUCUUAAACAACUCCACAACAAUCAAGAUGAAGUCCUACACUGUCGCCGCCGCCAUUGCCGGCUUUGCCUCCUCCGUCGCCGCCCACGGCUUCAUCAGCGAGCCUGCUCCUCGUAUGCCCGGUGAUGGCCUCAAGGCUGCCUGUGGUGACCAGUUCUUCAACACUCAGUCUUCGGACCACUACGGAAACGUCCAGGGUGCUCUCCAGAACCUCGGACAGGGUGACCACCCCGACUGCCGCCCGUGGCAGUGCAAGGGUGUUCCAUUCACCGAUGCUGGCGAGAUCUUCGAGUACACCGCCGGUCAGGUCAUCCCCAUGAAGGUCGAGAUCCGUGCUCCUCACGACGGUGUUGCCAACGUUUCCAUCGUCAACAUCGCUACCGACAAGGUCAUCGGCGAGCCUCUCAUCAGCUGGGAUGAAUACGCCCUUACCUCCUCCCCCAUGUCUCAGCACCCUGACUGGACCUCGUUCGAUAUCACCAUGCCCGAUGUCAGCAAGGAGUGUGCCAACAAGGGUGACUGUGUCAUUCAGUGGUUCUGGGACGCUCCCAAGAUCGACCAGACCUACGAGUCCUGCAUUGACUUCACCAUGGGUGGUGGCUCCGGCUCCGGCUCUUCCCCCGCUCCCUCAGCUUCUCCUAAGCCCAGCGCUCCUGCCUCUUCCGCCCCGGCUGCCAGCUCUGCUGCUCCCUCCAGCACUGUCCCUGAGGCCACUGCCACCCCCACCCCUACCGCCGCUGAGGAGGCCACUACCCCUGUCGCCACUGGUGGUUCCGACUCUGGCUCCGACUCCAGCCUCCCAGAGUCCUUCACCAUGGACACCUUCAUCACCUGGCUCCGCGCCAACGCUGGCACCGGUGUCGCUGACAAGGUCCGCCGCAUGGUAGCUGCCCAGCGCGCUCACCCCCGUGCUUUCCGCGUCUAAAUCGCCUAGACUGAUGCUCUGUACGAUAGGUACGACAAAAGAAACUUCUUGUGUUGGAGGGAGAAGAUGGUUAGAGUUACUGUUCGAUUCUGUUGUAAAUAUACAAUUCAAUGAUGCACAUAUUUGCCCGCCUUGAGCGGCGCUGUAAAUCUUGUCAAAACGUGUUGCUUGUGAUGUAUGUGCCCUCUAUUUUGUCUCUUACUCAAUGUUUGAUCUUUGUUAGUAUCGGUGACGAGUUUGAG